AUGCACCUUUCUCCAGUGAGUAGCGCCGCUGAGUUCAAAGAAUUCAUCGGCGCGGACAAAUCCCUUAUUGGAAAAGACCUGAGCAACCUAAACCCGAGGUUCCGAACCAGAAGAAGAGCUUUUGUCCACGAAGAUAAGUUGCUGUUUGCGUGUAAUCAAAAUGUACUGAGAAUGGGGAAGAAAAAGUUGCGAAGGGCGAUUGAAGGAUCCGAAGGAUCGAUUGAGUUUAUCGACACAAACGGACGAUAUACUCUUGUUGGCUGGUCUUAUGAAGACGUUCCUGGCUGUCAAGUUGUUGCGUUUGGCGAAGAGUUGACUCAAAUGGGUGAAAUUAAAACUGUCAGGGAGAUGGAAGAGGAUGAUGGAGAAAUUGUCCUCACUGCUGCGCUGGUGUCUUUAGUGGCGCAAGACCAGCAAACCUUAUUUUUGACUGAAGACGGCGAAGUUCGACGCUGGUCUUAUGAAGAUACUUCCUAUAUCGAUGAACUUCCAGUUGUCCAUACGUUUCUGGAGUACGAAGAGCACAAAACCUUCCUUGGAAUCGAAUUCCUCAACGACUUCGUUUUCUACGUCGUUGAGUCUACCCGAAUAAUUUUGCUCAAUACGAUUACUCAAUCCGAGGAUGAGUUUUACACGGACAACUCUUUAGGAGACAACGCAUACAAAGACAUCAUCGCCUAUGCCAAAGAUGGAACUGACUGUAUACUUUUAACUGGCUGCGGUGUUUUGCAAAGUGUUUCACUCGUUGAAAGAAACAAAAUCAAUUGGCGAAUUGGAAUUCCGAUCAAACAUAAGUACUCCAAAUUUACAGCUGAGUUAGACCUGCAUUUUCUUCACGGGAAGAAAAUUGUGACGAUUGUUUGGACACAGAAUAGAAAGCUAGAGAUGAGAACGAGUUUAAAGCCCGGAGGAAAGACGGGAAUCGGAGCAAAUGUGAUUGACAUGGUUCCGGAUGAGCAAGAAGAGAUUUUUGCAAUUUGUAUUGAAAAGAAUGCUACCUCACUGCCAGUUUUUCUUCCUUCGCCUCUUGAGUACAUCAAGAAGGUUGUAAAGAUGAGGAGCGAUAAAAAGGUCCUAGACUACACAAAAGCGCGUCCAUAUCUUGUUGUCUACCGGGAAACAAUGUACGUUUUUUGCGGUAUGUACCUCCUAAAGUACGAAGAGCGGCAACCUGAUGAGGACGAGCUGUUGGAAUACCUUACCAAUAUGUUCUUCGAUUCUGAAGAAAAACUUACCUGCGAAGAAGUUGAUUUGAACGAGUUUGAACUUCCAACAGAUUGGUCAUUUUCGCUUCCAGAGACAGUUAUCCAGACGGAUUAUCAGCUUGGAGCGAAGGGGACAAGGAAUAAUAUCGCAAGAAUGAUGGAUAUGACUUUUCCGUUGACUGUCGAGAGCCAUGAAAUCGAUGGAUCUAUGAAUGAGCUUCAAUGCGCAAAUAUCGUUUAUAACACGAUGCGAGAAGAAGAACUUUCGGUGAAGAAAAUCAGUGAAGUCCGGAUGAAACGCAUGAGCUACCUGCAAAACAUGACAGCUAUGGAGCAAAGUUUAGCAAAUGAUGGUACUCUUGUUGAGCGUGAGCCUGAAACGACGGUUAUUCCAUCGGCUCAGAAUGACGAAGAGAUGGAGGUGAAAGAAGAGGUGGUUAGCAGCGACGCAGAAAGCGUAGCGGCAAUGGAUUUCCGCGACUGUUUGGACCUCCCAGAUGAAAGUGUUCUGGCUGGAUUUGAGCCACAAUCGCAAAUUGCGCUUCCUGAACCAAACACCCAAUCUGACUCGAUUAUCGCUUCAAAGGGAACUAUUUUGAGUCUUGGAGCUCCCGCUGAUAGUUCCACGCAAAAGAGUUCCUCGAAUGAACCAGAAUGCCUGACUAAAAAGCCUAAGACGCCAUUUAGAACUCCAAGAAAAAAUCGAAGGUCGAUUUUGCCAGUCGCUGAUUUGAGUGGAAUCAUUGAAGAGAAAUCGCAGGACGGACAAAGCUCACAAGAAAGCCUAGGAAGAGACGACACCGGUGUUGGACAAAGCCAAGACUUGUUUGCAUCCCAGCCGAUCUCUCAAACUCCCAGCACGCAGAAUCCCUUUUCACAGAUUAAUGAUACACAGAGUCAAGCUGUGGACUUUGAGGACUCGCAAAUUACACCUCUUGACAGCGCUGGAAGUUCUCAAAACACGACACUGACAAAUAUUGACAGCUCGCAGAAAACGCCGAAGUCGUCUGCCAAGAAAGAAAAGAAAGAAGAACGAAUGAAAAAGAAAAAGAUGAAGGCUAGAAAGUCGAUCGGUUUUUAA